GCCUGCAAGCAGUGUUAUGGUUGCAUUUUUAUUAAUGUGGCUACUUGGGGACUUCCAGUCGCGAUAUACACCCCAAAACGUCCGCUUGGGUUUGCUCUAGACUAGUAAAAAACUUUCUGUUUGGGUACAGCGAAAAAGGGAAAUUUGAAAAAUUGCAUUAAUUUCAAAAUAUAUUUAGACCCUAGAGGGCGCUAGCUUAUUCUGGCAAGAAAUAUAAAAAUAUAUUUUUGCGAACAGAGGGCGCUAGCUUAUUCUUGCAAUAAUAUCAAAAUAUGUUUUGACCCCAGAGGACGCUAACAGCGGUUCUUGUCGCGGAAUAAUGUGCCAUAAUGCUAUGAAAAUUAUAUGCCAGCAUUGCUUUUCACAGCUUGAUUGGUUUUUGGUCCAAAGCAGGUAGCUAUGAAGAUACACUAUUAAAUUGAACCGCGGAUAUCCACGAUCCGCGUACUAGUCGUCAUCAAGGUACAAUAUAACAUAGCGUACCACGGGCCUUAGCUUUCUUCCUUGAUCGUAAUGUAUUUAACAUUUCAAGCUACUUUUUGAAAGAAAAAAGUUACAAAAAAAAGUUAAUUGAAUUAUCAACCUUCAAAUUUUGUGCUUUUUCCUGCAGGAUAUAAAAGAGACUGUUAAAUAAAAUGCACAAUAUGUACAAUAAAAAAUGGAGUUCAUUUUAAUUAAUUUAUGUUACUUUCUGAUCACAUAUAAACUUUAUCUCUGAUCGUCAAAUAUACUGAAAAUGAAAAUAUCUCCCACAAAGCAAAGCUAACGAUUUAUAUGUUAACAUACAUCUACAUAAAGUUGGUCCCCAAUCUUCUAUAGAUGCGAUUGAUCUGUAUUGUAACGCAAGAAAAUGGCAUCCAAUUCAAAAGAAGAAGAUUAAUGUCAAGCUCAGGUUAGGUGUAACAACAAAGUCGAUUCUUUGCAGUCAGCGAAGCCUGACUUGAUUUAUGCCAAGCUUCCAAGUGCAAUUUAAUAUGACUCCAUAGUACGAUUAUAAAAGUAACUAAUCGUUCUUUUUACCUCUGCAGCCAAAUAAACGAAAAUAUGAAUGUGCGGCUAAGCAAUUCUCUCUGAAAGUAAUAAUCAUCUUUUUUCUUCUUCUUUUGUUCAGUUUUUUCAGGGACAAAUCGUUUGUAGAGAAUAGACUAAACCCAUUGUUUUAUCAACUAUAACUACAUGCUCGUUAUAGCUGUGCUUCGUUUGGUAACUUGGAUAUAAAAGACUUAACAGUUCUGCUGCAUGCAGUAAAGUGUAGAAUAACCAGUCAACGGAUCAGACGUGAGAACAUUGGAAAGCCUCAUAAAUGUAAAACAAAAUUUCAUCUGCAUGUGAACCACGAGUGAACCCGUAUAACAUUAGCCUCGCUUAUUAGGUGCCAAACGUAAAAUGGCAGUUAUAAGUGUCGGAAAAGCGGCUGCUCUGAAUUUCACGAUACUGAUUCUUUACUGUAUUAUUUCUGUAAAAUCCAUCGAUAAUUUUAAAACCCGAUCAUCGAGUGCCGAUAAUGCUGACCGCUGGAAAGCUAAUGAGGUUCCGACUUCUGGAUCUAGCUUGUGGACUCCUGAAUACUAUGAUGGGCCAGAUUCAUACAAAAAAGAUUUCAUAACAUCGAACUAUGAUGACAAAUAUUCGAGCAACAACAGUCCAUUUUAUCCGAAUAAAAUACGUAAUGGUUUCUCUCCAUUCAGCAGUGGAAGCAUUUACUCUUCGGGUGGGUUAUACGAUCGAAGACCUGUGUAUGGUCCGGCACGUCCAAUCGAUUAUGGUGUACAUGAUUACGAAAAUUCGUACGAUGCAUAUGGUUUGAACUAUCCGUACGGAUCCAAGGAUCUAACGAAAUCAGUGUGGAUUCCUUUGGCUGGUGCGGCUUUGUUAGGGAUUGCUGCUGCAUUGGUUGCUAAUCCUGUACUUUUACAUUUAGGAGUAAGUGCCGGAAAACGGAAACGUAGAGACACUACUGCAAUGAACGCACAUCGUUUAGCAUACCGAGCUCAAACGUGGAAAAAUGAUAGUAAUUUAAGUAAAAAUUAACCGAAACGGUUACCUGUGUCUUGCAGAUCCCCUUGUAGUGUUAAGCAGCGUAUGCAAAAUCAACGAGAUGGUGUAAUAAAGAAUUGCAUAAAGUCUAUACUCGAUAUUAUUGCCAAAAGGAUGGGCCUUUUCAUAUUGGUGUGACAAUCCCUUGGAUUUGGAUUGGUACAAAAUUACAUCUGGAUCGUUGCAGUACCAUCUCAUACCCGCUCACAGUAUUGAGAUAGAUGGGCUAACUAAAAAAAGUGUUGUUAACAAAUAUACUAACGAAAACUUGCUACAACGAUACAACAUAUUACUUUUUGCAGUCCUUCUCAAGUAGGACCCUGCGGUCCUAACAAGGACUGACUAAUAGGUCAACCAUUAUCGUCGUUGAACCGUGUAUCUCGUAUUUUCUUAUGCAUAAACGGUAUCACUUUGCCACAGUUAGGACCUACCACGCCUUAGCUGUCGAAGUAGAAGGCUCAAAAACUCUGCUCUGUCGUUCGGUUUCAUUGUAACGAUUGACCCGUCCAUCGGAGCCUGGCUAUUGUAACUCAUCACGUCGGUGAGAACAUCGUACUUUUCCGGUUCCUCAGCAGCUGUUGUCAGUAGUGGCGAGUUUAACGAUAAGCGGGCUAAGCGACCGUGUCAGGCCCCGUGUUCGCAAGUGUAUAAAAUCAGAACUAUUUUCUCAAUGCAAGCAUUUGGCACGGACCCGUUUGCCGUCCCGUUUAGGGCCUAGAGUAGUGUAAAUCCGCCAUUGAUGGUUCCUAACAUCACAAAUGUCGAUUGAUGACUGUUGACCCAAUAAUAUGUAUAUGGUUUUUGCACUUUAAUUGUGCGAUCACCUAUAGGAGAUUGUUUUGUAUUGUUUUGUAAUGUGGAAUGCCGAUUAUCCCGGUGCCAUUUAACCUUUGCUUCAAUGACCAAAAAUACACCCUUUACUUCUAUAACCACCUACACGGGUAGGUAGUGCAAUUUUGAUUGAAUUUUGCAUAUUUUCUUGCUGCUGCUUUUUAAAAUGCUUUUUUAUUGAAUUUAAAAAGAUGUACACAGUUUAUUCCAUCAAACAUUUUUACACUCUAACUUCUAUAACCACCUACCUGGCCAACUCAUGCAUUUUGUACGGGUUUUGGGCUUUUCUGCGUUGAAAAGUAUAAAAAUAUUCGUUUUUAGCUGUUGUAAUUCCGUCAAAUUUUCAAAAAAUUGCCUCUCAUUACUUACAUUGAUUUGAUUACACCAGAACUUCUAUACACAAUGUACGAGGGCUGACAAUAAAGUAAGGUCUCCAACGCUGCAACUUAGCCGGAUCACGCGCUAGGCGAAAUCUGGCAACACCGCCGUGUUCCUUGGUUCCCCCACUACCACUUUGCUGCUGGGUGAGGCUUCCCCGACCGCUCAGUCUUGGCUGAGCAGCCGUCAACGAUGGAGGUACCCCUCGCGUCAGCGUCCAAGUGCGAAUUGCGUUCUAUAAUACGUUUUUUGAGUGCGAAAAAGGUGACACCUAUUGAAAUCAAUCGUCAACUAGUUGAAGUUUACGGGGAAAAGUGUAUGGACAUAAAAAACGUGCGUAAGUGGAGCCGCGAGUUCAAUUCCGCGCGCACUAAUGUUCACGACGAGGAGAGAAGUGGCCGACCGUCGGUCUCGGAUGCGAUUGUUCAAGCAGUGGAGACAGAAAUGCUCAAAAACCGCCCUGAAAAAACAUCUCGGAGGGAAGAAGUUUGAAAGUGACGCGGAGGUUCAGAAAGAGGUCAACACCUGGCUGCGCGAGGCGGACGGAGAGUGGUAUUCUGCCGGCAUAGACAAGUUCAUCGUGCAGAUGCGCAAGGUGUUGGAAAAAAAUGGC